AUGGUGGUGAUUCGUAAAGGUACGCCUUGUAGGAAGCUUGUUGAUACUGGCAGAUGCCCCUGUGGUCCUUUUCUGGCCUCCGUCCAGGCUAUUCUUACCCUGAUGGCCACUUUCGAGGAGAGCCCGGAUCAGGGGGAGAGCUCGGCUCAGGGUGCAGUUUUUGAGAAAUUGAGGAUCUGUUCUUUACCCCAAUUUGUCAGUUUUGUGCAUGAUCUGCAGCCACUGAAGAAGGAUCCGGAGGUCACGGUCAAAGACCUCCGCUUUGGAACGAUCCCUGUGAAACUGUACCAGCCCAAGGCGCCCUCCUGCACCCCAAGGCCUGGUGUUGUCUUCUAUCAUGGUGGUGGAGUUGUCUUGGGGAGCUUGAAGACCCACCAUCCUGUGUGUUUGCGUUUGUCCAAGGACAGUGGCUCAGUGGUUGUGGCAGUUGGGUACCGCAAGUCACCCAAGUAUAAGUUUCCCGUGAUGGUCAGAGACUGUAUUGUGGCCACCAUCCACUUCCUGCAGUCCCUGGAUGCCUAUGGGGUGGACCCCGCUCGGGUUGUGGUCUGUGGUGACAGUGUGGGAGGGGGCGUGGCCACCAUCAUUUGUCAAACCUUGGCCAGCAGUCGGGGUCUCCCCCGGAUCCGCGCUCAAAUUAUGAUCUACGCAGCUCUCCAAGGCCUGGAUUUCCAGUCUCCUUCCUAUCAGCAGAACAAGAAUGUCCCUCUGCUCACCUGGACAUUUGCCUUCUACUGUUUGUGCUGUUACCUGGAUAUCAACCCUUCCUGGCAAAGCACCAUGAAGAAAGGUGCCCAUUUGCCUCCAGAAGUCUGGGAGAAGUAUAAAAAGUGGUUGGACUCAGAAAACAUCCCAGAGAGGUUUAAGAAGAGAGGCUACCACCCUGUGGCCCCUGCGCCCUUGGACGAAGCUGCUUUCUUGGAGACAAACGUCCUUCUGCAUCCGGCGUGCUCACCCCUGAUUGCAGGAGAUGAUGUGGUGUCUCAGCUCCCAGAGGCUUGCAUCGUGAGCUGCGAGUAUGAUCUUCUCCGGGACCACUCGCUCCUGUACAAGAAGAGGCUGGAAGACCUGGGGGUGCGGGUGACAUGGCACCACAUGGAGGAUGGUUUUCAUGGCGUGCUCAACACCCUUGACCUCGGCUGUUUGCACUUCCCAUGCUCUGCAAGAAUUCUCAACGUGAUCACCCACUUCAUCAAGGGACUGUGACCCUGCUUCCUUCCUGCUGGAGUGUCCCCACACAGAGCUCUCUGUGGCUACCUUAGGUGGUAUUGGGUAGGGAUAAGUGAUUGUCUCCUUCCUCCUCUGGAUUCUACAAUCAAAUAGUGCAAAGCAGAGGUAGGUUUGGGGCUUGUGUUCACGUUCACUACUGGGAAAGUUGGAGAUGACCAUCUUUAGUGGCCAUUUACAAGAGUGAAUCUGCAAACCAAGGUUUCUCAUGUCCUCCUUGGCUAGAGUUCAGACUGUCUAGGCCAAUCUGGACUAUGUGACAGUGGGGCCUGGUUGGCCAUACCCAGGGAAGGUCCAAGGGCACCAUCUGAAGUCUCACUGGGCUUUUCCAGUGGAGCUCUGAGUUCUGGGGGCACAAGGUGCCUUUUCUUGCUGUUGCCCAGAUUCCGGGCUCAGAGCAGCCUUUACGUUCUUGACUGCAGCUCUCUCUCUAAGUCUGAGUUGCUUUAGAAUCAGUUACUCUAGGCCCCUCUUUGAAUGUACCGCUGAGGUACACAGCUGACUCUGCUCAGGGGAGAGGGUACCCACCGACCUUUAAGCCCAGAGUCAAGGAUGGAAGACCCCAGGACUUCCCUAGAAAGAUCUGCCAGUUAGCUCAGGGCUAGUGUGAUAUUCUAAUCCUUUCAAGCCUGUUUCUUUGCAUUUACAUACACAGAUAUAUACCCACAGAAAACAUAGAGUAUUAUUUGGGGGAUGACUUUGCCAAAUAUUGUAUUAUUCUUCACAUGUUUGUGGACAGCAGGCUGUGCCCUGCUCUGAGCUGCUCCAUGAUGUAGGGGCUUUCAGGCUGUGCCUAAGCAGUAGCCUGCCAUGACUUACUCCAUUUUGAAUUCAGUGCUAAAGUGGAAUGACUCUAUAUCUUAUUUACACAAGUAAACAACCACCAUCUGCCUAGCCCCGUCGUGAGGCACAAACUGAUAAAUAAAAUUAUCGUGCUAAUAAAAAUGACCAUCAGGGGACUUACUGAAUUGAUCAGAAGCACAUGGAUCCAUGGGGGUAUUAAACUCAUUUUGGGAAACCCAGGCCCAUGAGCAUACGGAACAGAGCAGACCACCAAAUGAAGCAGCCCCUCACCUGAGGCCCACAAAAGCAGAAGCACCCUGAGACUGGAUGUGGUGGCACACUGACCCUGUCACCUGGUUACUUGUCAUGGGCUUUGCCCAGGAAAAUGGGCACAGUGAUGAGCCUCUGGUUUCCUAUGCCAUCAGGCUUCAGCUGAGUGCGGUUUCUCCUGCCUGUGACAACCACGCGUGGCCCACUCCAAGCUGACUCUCUGAAAUUGCCACCCUUCUGGACCUUGGCCUAGAAUAAGUUCCUGCGCUUUGACAGCUCUGCACUCUGAACAAAGUCCUUGGGCUAUUUCCUCAUCUUCUCUGGCCACCUUCUGUGACUUCUGCCAUCAUAGGUUCUCCCUGCCUUUGUUCUCAGCUUGGUCCCCUGAGCCCAGUGGCUACCUUAACCCUUAGCCUUUCUGUAACGUGUGUGUGUGUGUGUGUUUUGUGUGAUGUGUGACUUGAGUGCUACCGAUAUUAGUAGUGAAGAAUGGAAUAAAAGAA